AUGUGGUCCUAUAGCCACGAUUUUCCGGUUCUUGCGAAAAUCCGAAUUGCUCAUGGGAUUUCUACUGAUCUACGGCUGUAUUGUUGCAAAAAAUAUAGUCGUCCAUAUUCCGCGAUUGACAUCAGUGCCAACCUCCACAAUAAGGUAACAAAAGCCUAUACUGCUAAAGCGUUGAGAGAACUGCACGAGAAAAAGCAGGUGGAAGGCAGGGCCUUGGGCAAGCAAAUCGUGUACCAUGCGAUCCAGGAUGCAAUAGAUGAAGCCACUCCAGAAGGGCUCGCUGGCCUUGAUGAAGAAAUUGAGGCCUUUAAAAGCCAAGUCGCUUCGGCCAAGUCCCAGAAUAAACUGUUAAAGGCAGAGCUCACUACUCUUAAUGCGAGGGUGUCUACCUCCGAGCUACGACAGUGUCUCGCUGCCCUAGAGGGAGAAAAGCGGAAUUUGAUAGCUAGUUUGGCGCCAUCAAAAGCUAGCUCCGUGCAGGCCAAAGCAGUCACUGCGGAGGAGAAAGCUAGCCUGGAAAAGGAAUGGAGAAAAUGGCGCAAACAUGUGACAGUGCGAAAAAAAAUAUGCCAUGAGAUGUGGAUGAGGUGCACAGAGGUGUUACCGGAAGCUGUACAGGGCAAGGAGGAGCUUUGGGAAUCUCUGGGGUUAGAAGGCAGCCCAAGAACCUAG